AGCGCAGCGCACACUUUCCUGAACAAAUGAAUGAUAAGAAAGAAUUGGGAGAGAGCGAGAAAGAGAGAGCGAGACCCCAUGACACGCAGUCCCCGGAGACCCAUGGAGUGAGACAGCGGGUAAUCCCAGGGUAAAGGACCACUCCAGCCCUGCGCGGCUGAUAUUAACAGCUGUAGGCUAUAUUCUCCAUGCCGGUGGGGUCGAAUGAGUGGGUGGAUGUCUGGACAAAACACAGGAAUUGAUCUCUUGAAUGGGUGGCUGAGCUGCGUUUGGGACUCCGGAGAAGCGAGGUCACGUUGAGAAUAGCAUCCAACUCAAUGGAUUUCAUACUCGCAGAAUGAACCGCCAAAGGGAAAGAUGGGACACGGGCACGCCGGCGACUUUAUUGGGGCUUUGUGGAAUCGACACAGCGGCACAAUGGAGACUUUAUUCUAUCUGAGCGGCUCAGAAAGCCUUCGUGUCUUCACAGAGAUGAAGUUAUGUGAGCUGAGUUUGCAGUAGAAUGGCCCUCCUCGGAUGGGAUUCUGAGGGAAGGCGAUGGCAACUUUUCACCACAGCAACCCAACGGAUAGAGACAUCAGGAGAGUCCUCCAAAAACUUAUAAUCAUUCUAUCUUUGGGAAUCAUCUGUGUCUCUCUCUUCUACUUCUUCACGGGAUGCUGCGAGUCGGACCUAACGGAAAACUCAGCCUCGGACAGACCCGCCAGUGAUGACAGAAACCGGACGUUUUAUAAGGACGUUGUAACGGUACAGGAUGAAGAUGGUUACCCAGGGACCGGGGAGGGGAGCACACUGACGCCCGGUUUGGAGACUGAUAACACGGGUAAAGAUUGGAAGGCGACCCGGCGGUUACCCCAAGCCCUUAUUAUAGGAGUGAAGAAGGGUGGCACGAGGGCUUUGCUGGAGUUUCUCAGGCUGCACCCGGACAUCCGCGCGCUGGGCUCUGAGCCGCACUUCUUUGACCGGCAUUACGCACGAGGCUUGCACUGGUACAGGAGUAUGAUGCCCAAGGCCUUGGAUGGCCAGGUUGUCAUGGAGAAGACACCACGUUACUUUGUUACCGUGGAGACUCCUGGCCGUGUACACUCCAUGUCGCGUGACGUGAAGCUGAUUGUGGUGGUCCGAGACCCUGUGACCCGGGCCAUCUCUGACUACACCCAGAUCAUCUCCAAGACCCCCCACAUCCCUGCCUUCGAGACCCUCGCCUUCAAGAACCGCACCAAUGGUGAGAUUGACUCUCUAUGGAGCCCUUUGUGGAUCGGACUGUACGCCCAACACCUGGAGCGCUGGCUGGCCUGGUUCCCCCGGGCCCAGAUCCACCUGGUCAGUGGGGAGGGCCUCAUCUCCGACCCGGCAGGAGAACUAGGAAAGGUCCAGGACUUCCUGGGCCUCCAGAGGAUUGUGACGGACAAGCACUUCUACUUCAAUAAGACUAAAGGUUUCCCCUGCCUGAAGAAACCGGAGGGCAGCAGCAAGCCCCACUGCCUGGGGAAGACUAAAGGCCGAACACACGCCCCCAUCGACCCUGAAAUGAUCCGGAGACUGAGGGAGUUCUACAGGCCGCACAACCAGCGGUUCUACCAGAUGGCUGGCCAGGACUUUGGAUGGCAAUGAGGACUCAGUAGAGUUAACAAGGUGAAACAUGAAUCCAUAGCAACAAAGACACCGAGGGGUGUUUGUCCGUCGGCUUCAGUUUGCACUCUGUACCUGUUACUGUGACUUGGGGCAAAGAGUAAUGACAUAGCCUCAUACUGUUGAUACAGAAGCGGCUCUGUGCUAGGAACUAAAUCCAAUGUUGAUAGACCUCUGGGUAGCGAGGGAAACAGAUAUCAGAGAUUCCAUAUUGGUGACAGUGCAGAAAGACCGUCUCUAUGCUAGUUCCCUUUCAGCAUCUAAUAGAUGUUCAACAAAAAGAAAGUGACACUUAAAGCUGGAAUCUUUAGUUGCUCCAUCCAUUUUUGGAGUUAUUAAUUCAUGAUAGAGUACCCAUUGAGUCUUGAAGAAUAAAACAUACAAAUGCCCCAUGAGCUUAGUUCAGCUGUCAUAUCCAAUCAGAAGCCAAAAUACAAGCUUGUUUUACUCCAAUGUUUGUAAACUAUGUAAAUGUAAACAAACACUGCAUAGCCUCAAUACAUGGUUAAAACUAUAAUUUGCCUACAAAGGCAAAACGCAGUAAGUACAUAUUUGGUCCAAAUUGAGUUAAGACUGAAAUCAGGCUUUGUAGUAUCUGUUUGAUACUGUGUCCUGGUUCAAUUAUGUUCCAUUUUUAGAGAAAAUGGGAGUGAGAAAUUUGCAGUAACUGCAAAAUCCAAGUAAACACCCAGGAAAACAGAAUUUACUGCACUUUGGCUUUGUUCCACUAUAUUUUGACUGCAGUUACCUGCUCUGCCAUACAAAGGCAAAGAGCAUUAACUAUGCAAACAGUGAAACAGAGAAAAAUGGCUUUAAAGUUUAUUUGCUGUCCAGCCAAAUAUGUUGUAGGUAGACAAGAGAUAAUGCAUUAUCUUAUUAUGAAGUCAUUUUUUAUGCAUUACAACCAUGACCACUGAUUUGUGACCCCUAAGUCAAAUAAAUGACGAUACAAAGUCAAACAGAAAAACAACGAGUUGGAUAAACACAUUCAGAUUGUAUAUACUGCACAAAGUCAAAAAUGUUUUGGAAGUAUCACCAUUCUGCGAGUGGAAAUAGUCCUUACCUUAAGGGUUAUCACAAUAGAACGUACAAAACAUGAAAACGUAACUACAUUACACCAUUAAAUACAGUUGGAAUGCAGUUAGAACUCAAUCUGUUUCCAUCAAACAGAAAAACAAGAAAAGUUGGAUAAAGACAUUUAGAUUGUUGAUACUGCACUUUGCCUUUGCAGGAGUUGUUUAAGGUCAUACAAAGGCAGAGUGCAGUAUCUGCAUUUUAGGGGUCAUAGGUCAAGUCAGUGGUCAUGGUUGAUAUGCAUACAAAUUACUACAUAAUAAGAUGAUACGUCAGUGCAUUAUCACUUAUCUACAGUGCUUAGUUUGCAAACCUGGAUGUGCCGGAAACAAAAAGUUAGCCCAAGAGGGUGGUGACCUGGGAGACUCUGAGGUACAGCAACACAUGAAAAAAAAGCACCUUUAUAAUAAAGCAUUGCAUGCAUUAUCAUUGCUUUUGCUUAGUGGCAUAGAGCAGUAGAGUAGAGGCGCUUGCAGAAGUUGCACACAUGGGGAUAUUUUUUUCUGUAGUCUGGGAAACAUGUGGCCUUGUAUAAACACAUUCUACAUCAUUUUACAUGAUGUAAAACCGCACAAAGGAUUGAAAUGACCGGCUGCUUUGACACUGACAAACAGAGAAUCUGAGAUCAAUUAAAAUGACCUCGUCUGGAAUCCAUCAAUAGCCUAGGCCUAGGUGUGUGGAGACACACAUAUUGUACAAUAUCAGGAGGAAAAUAUAUUCCUAAAAAAGUUUUCCAGUUUCACUGACUCAGCCAAUGAUGUGCAGCUCACUCACCGGUGAUGGCCAAUGCGCUCUUGCCAAAAGCCUCUCUCUCUCUUGUUUAUCUGUGGCUAAAGUAUAGGCCUACUCCUGGUAUAGUAUUCAGAAUAUUUCAUUCCAGUGAAUCUCACUCUAGUUAUGUGAGAGAUUCAAGCGCGUCUUCUCUCUCUCACCACAGCAACAGCCAAGCAUUGGUCUGUCGCUAGGGUACAAUGUUGUGCAAACCAUAACCCCGGGCAUGCCCAACACAAAUCAACUCUUAGAAUAUCAGGCACGUUUCCACAUGACCUUUAUUAGGGUGCAGGAGAAUUACAAAGGAGGCAAGUCAAUUGAACACUGAUAGCUUUAAUUAGAGUUCUUGCAUUGCAAACAGUGAAAACAGGCUCCGUCUCAAAUGAAUCACUGCUUAUCAUAUUUGGCUGGCUAACAAAAAACUUUAAAGACAUUUUUCUCAUCUUCAUUGUUGGCGUAGUUACUGUGUUUUGACCUUGUAGGGCAGCAUACUGUAGCUCUGUCUAUGAAUUUGAGAGCGGUUACAUUUCUCCAGAUCCAUCCCUCAGCUUUUUACCUAAACACAGGCUGGGUGACCACUUUGUUAUUGUUUCAAUUAAGUAUUCUAAGUUUAAGCUGGGUUUGAAAAUACCUGGCGUUUUUGUCUUAGAUAGUGCUCCUGCCUAACUCCUGACCCCACUGUGUCCCACCAGGAGUGAAGAACAUGGCGAUGGGAUGUGUAGUCUGCAGUGUAGGCCUGAUGUGUGCUGUAGAGUUAGUAACAACGUCCUGUGGAUGCUUCUGCAAAGUAGUGAAACACUAAACAAAACAAAACGGAUGUCUUACCAUGCCUCGUGGAGUAUGACCUUCCUCUUCCUUUUUCUCAUACAUCUUAGCUACUCAGUACUUAGGUCAGGAAUUAAAAGAGUUGUAGGCAAUCAGUACAUAUCGAAUAUCAUCCCCAAGUAUUACGGAAAACAGGAGGAUGAGUCUUUUAUUUAGAAAGCGUUGAGGGGAAGUAUGAGUAGCAUCUUUGUAAGUGCUCAGAUUUGACUGAGUGGUUUUGUAUUGUUGAAUAAUGAAUGUGCAUAAGUGGAUUAGGAGGAACUCAAAUGUAUCUGCCCUUUCCAAGUAGAGGUUACCCAUAGGCACAGAUCUAGGAUCCGUUUACGCUCCCUAAAUCCUAACCUUAACCGUAAGAGGAGGAAACACUAAACUGACCUUAGAUCAGCAUCUAUGGGCAUCUUCAGCCUAACCGAACAACCAAAAAUAUAACCAUGGAUGAAUAUGACAUCUUAAAGGUACACUCAGUGAAAUGACUUUGCCACAAGCAGCACCACAGAUAUUGAGAUGAGCAACAUGCAAGACUUCGCUCUUACACAGUUACACACCGUAUCUGCACAUGUUUAUUUAUUUUUUAUAUUUUUUAUUUAACCUUUAUUUAACCUACCCAGACCAAACCCUAACCCAGACGAUGGUGAGCCAAUUGUGCGCCACCCUAUGGGACUCCCAAUCACGGCCGGUUGUGAUACAGCCUGGAAUCGAACCAGAGUCUGUAGUGACACCUCUAGCACUGAGAUGCAGUGCCUUACACCGCUGCGUCACUCGGGAGCCCAUGCAUGUGCAUGGGUUUGCUUUACACUUCACAGUGGUAGCCAGGGCACCAAAACAGAGGACAAGUUGAACCUCAUGCUUCUUUUGUUUGUCUAUUUCGAUCUCCAUCAGCUUUUGCAGAAGCAGCAGCUACUUUUCCUGGGGUCCACAAAAAACACAAAUCAUGACAAGUAACAAAACAAUGACACACUGUUUGUCAAGGACAGCCACACAAAUUGAAAGCUGCAAUAUGUAACUUUUUGGGCAACCCAACAAAAUUCACAUAGAAACAUCAAAAAUUAUACUAACAAUACAAAAAAAAUACGUAAAAUGUUAGUGUGUCUGUGUGUGCGUGUGUUUGUGUGUGUCCCCUCCGAGUCCCCGCCUUUCCAUGAGUUGUUAUUUAAUCUGUUUUUUAAAGGUCAUUUUGCUGUUUGCUUGAGUAAUUGUAGAUGGAACAGAGUCUCAUGCGAUAGUGGCUCUGUACAAAAUGGUGCGUUGCCGUGAAUUCCUUUUAUACUUGAGGACUGUGAAGAAACCCCUGGUGGUUUGUUUUGUGGGGUAUGUAUGAGUUGAAUGUUAUUUGAUAUGCAGACAAUCUGGAAUUUUCAUCACAGUAAUAUUCAUCAUAAAAACUAGAAGAGAAGCAGUUCAUCUCUCCUCAACCCUCAACCAGGAAACACUGGCAUGCAUGUUGUUGAUGUUAGUUCUGUAUGUGCAGUUAAAGGCAAGGUGUGCUGCUCUGUUUUGAGACAGCUGCAGCUUUGCUAGGUCUUUCUUUGCUGCACUUAACCAUAUUACAUAGGACAGUAAUCAAGAUGGGACAAGACCAGAGCCUGGACAACAAGUCCACAUAUUUUUAUAACAGACAUACUCCUCACCAUCACCACAACAACUUUGUCAAUAUGACUUGCCCAUGAUAAUUGACCAUCCAAUGUUAUACCUAGGAGUUCAGCUUCCUCAACUUGCUCAAUGUUCACACCCUUCAUACACAACUCCAGUUGAGGUUUAGGUCUUUAGAGAAUGUUUUGAACCAAAUACAAUGCUUUUAGUUGUAGAUGUGUUUAAGACCAGUUUAUUAUUCAUCACCCAUUCUGAUGACUGUAACUCCCUAUUUAGAAUUUCAGUGAAAUCAUUUGUAAAAGUAGAGAAAAGUAACGGCAACUACCCUGAGGGACACCACACUGUGCACAUCUGAUGUUAGAGAAGAUUCCAUUGAAGAACACUCUCUGGGUUCUAUUGGAUAAAUAACUCUCCAACCAUGCGAUGGCAGGUGACUACAAUUUAUGAUCAAUAACAUCAAAGGCUGCACUGAAAUCUACCAAUACAACUAUCAUCUUAUUAUCCAUUUUAACCAAUCAUCAGUCAUCUGAGUCAGUGCAGGACAAGUUGUGUGCUUCUCUAUAUGCAUGCUGAAAGUCAGUAGUUAACUUGCUCCCUGAAAAAUAGCAUUGUAUUUGGUCAAACACAAUCCUCUCCAUCAGUUUACUAAGAAGUGGCAGCAAACUGAUUGGAUGGCUGUUGGAGCCAGCAAAGGGUGCUUUACUAUUUUUAGGUAGUGGAAUUACUUCAGCUUCCUUCCAUGCCUGUAGACACACUCCUUUAGGCUUUGGUUAAAUGUAUAGCAAAUAGGAAUGGCAAUAGAGUUUGCUACUAUUCUCAAUAGUUUCCCAUCAUGUUUGUCUACACCUGGUGGCUUAUCAUUAUUGAUGGAUAACAGUUUCUCCACCUCUCCCACACGAACUUGACCAAAUUCCAAACAUCAAUCCUUCUCUUUAAUUAUUAGAUCUUUUAUACAAAAAUAUGAUGGUUCACUGUUCAAUGUUGUUAUUUCACAUCUGAGUUUUUCCACUUUACUAGUGAAAUAGUCAUUGAAAUGAUUGGCAAUUUCGAAAAGUUCUGUUAUAAAUGACCCAUCAACUUCGAUGAACAAUGGAGAGUAAUUGAGUUUUCGGCCCAUGAUAUCAUUGAAGGUACUCCAAAGUAUUUUUCCACUGCGUUUUAUGUCAAUUAUCUUUGUUUGGUAAUAUUUUUUAUUCUUCUUUUGGUUAAGUUUAUUCACAUUUCUCAAUUUACAGUAUGUCAACCAAUCAGCCAGACUUGUUUGUCACCUCUUUUGCAUAAUUUCUUUGAACCAUACAAUUGUUCAAUUCCUCAUCAAACCAGGGGGAUUCUUAACAGGUGCAUGCUUGUCAACGAUUGGCAAAAAUAAUUGUACAAAUACGUCCAGUGCUGCAUCUUGAUUCACUUCCUCAUACACAUAAGACAACAUAUUUUUUUUACAACUUCCACAAAAGAGUCCUGGGAAAACAUUUUGUGUGAUCUCUUAUAAAUUACUUUAGGCCCAACCUUUGGCACUUUGGCUUUCCUUGUUAUUGACACAAUAAUAUGGUCACUACAGCCAAUGGGAACUGAUAUUGCAAAGCUUUGCAGCAUUAGUGAAGAUAUGAUCAAUACAAGCGGAUGUCACAGCUCCAACACUAUUGGAAUGCACUCUAGUUGGUUGAGUGAUAAGCUGGGUCAUAUUACAGGCAUUAGUCACAGUUAGAAGCUUCCUCUUGAGAGGACAGCUAGUUGCUAACCAGUCAAUGUUCAGGUCACCCAGAAAUAGACCUCUAACAUUACACAUCCUAUCAAGCAUUGGACACAUUAUCAACAUACUGACUGUUAGCACUUGGUGGCCAAUAGUAGCACCCUGAAAGAAGAGGCUUUAGACGAGGCAGGUGAACUUGCAAUCACAACACUUCAACAACAUUUGUCAUGAGAUCCUCUCUAAGCUUUACAGGAAUAUGGCUCUGAACAUAUACAGCAACACCUCCCCCAUUGCCAUUCCUGUCUUUUCUGUAGAUGUUAUAUCCCUGUAUUGCUACUGCUGUAUCAUCAAUGGAAUUAUCGAAGUGAGUUUCAGAGAUGGCCAGACUAUGAAUGUUAUC